GAUCACAAAUUUUUCAUCUCUUGUGUGUGAUUACGAGCAAACUUCUUCACUUCAAUCGUUCAUUUUGCUUAGUCCGAAACUGACGAUCUUGGUUUGAAUCGUCUAGAAAAGUUGUGCUUAGUGAAAUCGUGUUUUAACGAAAGUUAUCAAAAUGCAAGGUUUAAGUUUGGCUAGCAUCAAGAAAAAUCCAGCAUUAAUUCCGCUGUACGUAUGCAUCGGUUUGGGUGCUGCAGCAGCCGUUUUCUACACUGCACGAUUGGCCAUUCGCAGUCCCGAAGUCACCUGGAAUCGCAAGUCUAACCCAGAACCGUGGGAGGAGUUCAGAAACAAGCAGCAUAAGUUUUAUUCUCCGAUCAGAGAUUAUUCCAAAGUUGAGAGUCCGGCUCCAAAAUACACUGAGUAAAUCUCCCUAGCAGUCAACUUGCAGCCGAUUUGAGUAGUUCUCCUUGUCACACUGGAUUGGCGGCAGUAUAGAUGCAAAGAAAAGAGUGCUUUCGAAAACACAAAGCAAAUAGAGAUGCAUAUAUAAGCAAUUUUAAGUUGUAAUAAAGGCUGAGUUCGAAAGUA